GGAUGACGGUAACUCUCGUGAAGUAAAAACUGAAGUAGCUGUGUCCGUUUCGCAGAAGAAAGUUUCUGAGAGAAAACACGACGCCAUGGCCAAGUCUUGUAAGGGCCUUGCUAUGGAACUCAUCAAGUGUCUCAGCGAAAGUGAUUGUGUCAAGGUUCAGGACCGAUCAUAUAGGGAAUGUGCUGGGGAAAAGACCCCAACUAUAUCGAGUGAGUGUGUGGGUCUGAGGGAAACAUAUUUCAAUUGCAAGAGAGGCCAGGUUGACAUGAGAGCUCGGAUUCGUGGGAACAAGGGCUACUAAAUGGUGUGAUGUUCGCUAUUAUGCCAUGCCUUGAUUUUGUAUAGAUUUCAUUGACUCAAAAUUAAUGUACUACCUCACUGAGCAUGUUAAAACUUUUGUUUGUAGUACUGAUGAAAAAAAACCAUAUAGAGCUGAGUUGAAUUUUCCCAUGCUC